GAGGCGAGUGGAGGUGGAGGAGAUGGCGUCCCAGCCGCCGCCUCCCCGAAAACCCUGGGAGACCCGCCGAAUUCCGGGGGCCGGGCCGGGGCCAGGACCCGGCCCCACGUUCCAAUCUGCUGAUUUGGGUCCUACUUUAUUGACAAGACCUGGACAGCCAGCACUUACCAGAGUGCCCCCACCUAUUCUUCCAAGGCCAUCACAGCAGACAGGAAGCAGCAGCGUGAACACUUUCAGACCUGCUUACAGUUCAUUUUCUUCUGGAUAUGGUGCCUAUGGAAAUUCAUUUUAUGGAAGCUAUAGCCCUUACAGUUAUGGCUAUAAUGGGCUGGGGUAUAACCGCUUCCGUGUCGAUGAUCUUCCGCCCAGUAGGUUUGUCCAGCAAGCUGAAGAAAGCAGCAGAGGGGCCUUUCAGUCCAUCGAGAGCAUUGUGCAUGCGUUUGCCUCUGUCAGCAUGAUGAUGGAUGCCACCUUUUCAGCUGUCUACAACAGUUUCAGGGCCGUCUUAGAUGUAGCAAAUCACUUCUCCCGAUUAAAAAUACACUUCACAAAGGUGUUUUCAGCUUUUGCGUUAGUUAGGACUAUAAGGUAUCUUUACAGACGGUUACAGUGGAUGAUAGGUUUAAGAAGAGGCUCUGAGAACGAGGACCUGUGGGCAGAGAGUGAAGGCACUGUGGCUUGCCUUGGUGCCGAGGACAGAGCAGCUAACUCAGCAAAGUCCUGGCCAAUAUUCUUGUUCUUUGCUGUUAUCCUCGGUGGCCCUUACCUCAUCUGGAAACUGCUGUCCACCCAGAGCGAUGAAGUAGCAGAUAACACCAACUGGGCAAGUGGUGAAGAUGAUCAUGUAGUUGCUAGAGCAGAAUAUGAUUUUGCUGCCAUAUCUGAAGAGGAAAUUUCUUUCCGUGCUGGUGAUAUGCUAAACUUAGCUCUCAAAGAACAACAACCCAAAGUGCGUGGUUGGCUUCUGGCCAGUCUUGAUGGUCAAACAACAGGACUUAUACCUGCUAAUUAUGUCAAAAUUCUUGGCAAAAGAAGAGGUAGAAAAACAGUGGAACUGAAUAAAAUCUCCAAGCAACAGCAAUCAUUUACCAACACAACAGUACUUAAAGGAACCACUGCUGCUGAUUCUUUGGAUGAACAGGAAGCUGCCUUUGAGUCUGUUUUUGUUGAAACUAAUAAGGUUCCAGCUGCACCUGAUUCCACUGGGAAAAGUGAAGAUAAACAAGAUCUUUGAUGUCUUGCAUGUUUGCCUGCAGUUGAACUAUACUUUAGGAAUUGGAAAAUCCCUGUACUUGCUGUGAUCAGACUACAGAAUAGGACAAUCAGGAAUACAGGUGUGUAUUUACUGAUAAUGUUGAAAACUUUGAAUUAUUUGAUAAAGAUUGUGAAUUUCAUAUACUUAUCUUUGUUUAGGCUUUACAUUCACCAAAUACGUAAUUCUAGAACAGUGCAUACUAAGAGAUAUAGGAACCAAAUACAUACCCAGCCUAGAAGAAAUUUACUAAAGGCUUCUUAGGAAACUUUCUUUGAAAUGACACUAUAAUUAGUAACGUAUCAUUUAAAAUACAAAUCUUAACCCUAUACAGAAAAAAAUAAUUAUAGGAUGGUAAAAUUUAUUUAACUUAGGCCUGAUUUUUCUGACACCUGGUUAUUACUUAGCCUUCAAGUUGAGCAGAUAAAGUGUAUUAUUUUCCAUUUGUGUUCUACAGUUAGAGGUUCUGCUUUGAUUUAUUAGAGAAAAAACGCAUCAAAAUUUUGUUCUUUAAACAAAUUUUUGAUAAAAUUAUUAAUUCUGGUGUUGAGUCAUCUAAACUGAAUGCUAGAAGAAGUAGAAGUAAUAUGCUGAGUCAGCAAUAUUUAGAUCAGGGAAGGUCAGUCUUUAGGGUAGAAUUUGUAACUGCUAAUCAUGGAUGUAUAGAGAAGAACAUAGCACAGAAUGAAUUACAAAGACAGUGUCACUUUUCUUUAGCGUGUUUAGGUUAAGUAUACUAAAUUGCAACAUACGUACAUCAUCUGGCUAUUAUCUAUUUGUGUCCGAAAAUCCCUUUUUUAUUAGAAUUCGAUAAAAGGAAUUUAGGACUGGAAUAAACAGAAAUUUUGUAACCAUUUCUUAUCAUGACAGUUUUAGUAUAAUUUUUUAAAACGAGGUGAAAUGUAAUGUCCAAGGCUCCAAUGUUGUCAUUUUUAGGAACUUACUUAAAGAGUGCUACUUUACAGAAAUCCUGAAACUAAAAGAUCUUCAAUUAAUCAUAACUUACAGUAAAAAAACAGGUUUCAUUUUCUUAAUUUUACUGAUUGUAUUUUAUCAGUUUAAAAAGGAAAAAGUAAGCUGGCUAUAAAUUUUUAUGCUUCAGCAUUUUAUUUAGGUACUUGAUUUGGUCUAUCAGCAUCUCAUACAUUUAUUGAUUACAGCUGUCCUUUAUCUUGUGCUUCAUUAAUGGAAGAAGGAACAGAAAUUGAAGUUAAAAUUUAUUUCUAAUAGAUUGUGAAGUUACUUUUACAGGACAAAUAAAAAUAAAUUAAACUUCAUUGACAUUUUUUGAAGAUAAACUGUUAUAACUAUUUUA